GCUCGUUCUGCUUGUUGGUUACAUUGUAUCGCACCCUCAGCAUUGAGAGAUACAAACAGCCAUUAAGAUAUAUUAGAGAUUCAGCGGAAUCGAGUCCAGGAAUUAUACUGUUGUGGAGACAUGCGGAAUAUUGGACUUUUCUUCUUGGACUAUUGAAGGAUGUGAUUUAUAUCCAACCAGGCUUGAAACUGAAUCUCAAUUUGCUAUCGUAACCGGUAUUUUUCAAUUUUUGACGGGAUCUCAACGUGUGGAGACUGCACUAGUCCACUGAAUUGGUUUUCCCUUUCCAGUGCUGUUGGAUUUCUUGGGAGCACGUUGAUUGAUUUGUCUGUCAAAUUUACCACAUUUUUGGGGUUACUGAAGUAUUUUACCUUUCAUCUCAGGAUCUAUGGAGUGUACAUAGAAUAUUCGUUGGACUGGGGUUUUCAAACAGGACUCAUCCACUGAUCAUGAUGGAGUGAACUCCGAUGUGUUCAGACUGCCCUGCUUUAUAUGCGCCAUGGGAAUCGAGAUGAAAGCAGCCAAGAUGUGGGUGAGCGGGCAGGGGGAGAGACAGCCCUGAGUGCGAGCGUGUCCUCUGAGGAGGCCAACCCCCGGGGCACAGCUGGGCCGCUGGCACUAAGAUGUCCCUAAGCAGUGUCACUGCAGGAGGGAAAGGUGUGGACUCAAACGCAGUGGACACUUACGACAGUGGUGAUGAGUGGGACAUCGGUGUUGGAAAUCUGAUCAUUGACCUUGACGCUGACUUGGAGAAAGACAAACUAGAGAUGUCGGUCAGUAAGGAUGGCGGGGGGCUGGCGGGCCCUGCUGCUGCGGUGGCCGGGCUCCCCGAGAACAUUACCUUUGUUACCCCCGUACCCUCCGCCCAGGGGAAGGAUGGCAAACCCAGAUCUAAGCGCAGUAAGAACUGUAAGGACAGUGGCAAGGCCUCAGCCUCAGACGGGGCCAAGAAGGACCCCCAGGUGCGCCCCCACGCCGACCCUCCCGCCCCCACUGCCCCCCCCGCGGCUCUGGGGCCGCCAGCAGCCGCCAGCACCGGGAAGGGACCCGAGAAGAGCAGCAAGGCCUCGCGCACGCAGCCCUGCGGGAGGAAGGAGAGGGACGGGGCUGCUGGGAAAACUAAGAAGGAGAAAGGGGAUGUAGUUGCCGCUGGGGUGGCUAACGCUGAGAAGGAGUCUGGGGCCCCCGUCCUCCCCUUCGAGGGCUCGCUGAACACAGACUUGGUUGCGGCCGAGCAGGUUGGGAAUAUGACCGUAGAUGCCACAGGGGUUGUGGCGCCGGUGGCCAUUAAGAGUGAGCCUGAAGACAUGGACAGCGGGGAGUGCAGGGACGUGAAGAAAGUAAAGAGUGAAAAGAUGGAGUCUCCAGUUUCCACGCCUGCCCCUCCACCCCUCCUCCUGCUGGCGGGCAGCAGUGACAUUGCCUCCCCCUGUGAGCAGAUUAUGGUCCGCACGCGCUCCAUAGCGGUCAACACCACGGACGUGGCCCUGGCCACCGAGCCUGAGAGCCUAGGGCCCUGCGAGCCGGGGACCAGCGUCAACCUGGAGGGCAUCGUCUGGCAGGAGACAGAGGACGGCAUGCUGGUGGUGAAUGUGACCUGGAGGAAUAAGACGUAUGUGGGAACUCUCCUGGACUGCACACGACACGACUGGGCGCCCCCAAGGUUCUGUGAAUCUCCUACCAGUGAUCUGGAGAUGAGGAGCGUCCGAGGUCGGGGGAAGAGGAUGCGUCCAAACAGCAACACCCCCGUCAACGACAACAGCAACUCGUCUGACAACAAGGGCAGCAGCAGCAGCAAAACCCGCGCUGCCUCCAACAGCAAGGGCCGACGGGGGAGCCAGAACUCAUGUGAGCGGCGCACGCCACCCAACAGCAACACGGAGGACGUGAAGGCCAGCCCCUCGUCGGCCAACAAGCGCAAGAACAAGCCUGCGUCCGACAUGGAGCCCAACUCCAGCUCGGAGGACACCAAGGGCAGCAAGCGCAUGCGCACCAACUCCAACAGCGGAGGAGUCCCGCUGCCCCCCCACGCCACCCUGCCUGUCCCCUCCAUCAAGACAGAGCCCCCGCCCCCACCCCUGCUGGAUCGCAACUGCCCCUCGCCGGUCCUCAUCGACUGCCCCCACCCCAACUGCAACAAGAAGUACAAGCACAUCAACGGCCUUAAGUACCACCAGGCCCGCGCCCACAACCACGACGACAUCAAGCUGGACCUGGAUGGGGACAGCGAGUACGGAGAGGACUCCACCCUCCACCCCGAUCCCACAAACUGCAAUGGAGCUUCAAUCUCCCAGAAGGCCUGCCUGUCCCCCGCCCGCUCAGUCACGCCUAAGGGGCGGGGCUUUGAGGCCCAGAGCCCCUCCCCCGGGAAGUUGGGUCCCAAGCAGAGCAAGAAGAAGCCUGGCGAGGCCGAGGUGGACGCGGGGGGGGUGGCCAUGGAGGGGUGUGAGGAGGGGCCAUGCUUGACGGACGAGGCCAGUAACGAUGAUGUCGACGACAAGAAAGAUAGGUCCAAGAAGGCGAGCAGUGGCUCCAAGGCUGACAAGCUGGCCCAGAAAGCUUUGAAGGCUCGGCCCAUCGCCCCGGCCAUACCUCCCCAGCAGCUGUACUCCCUACAGACCGCAGGCUUCCCCCCAACCGGCCCCGGGCACCCCCCCGCCAUGGGCUCAGUGGUUCAGUCCAUUCCCAAGAGCCCGCAACUGAAAGCCAUCCAACCCAAGCCCUCCAUACUAGGGGAGCCCUUGUCUGUGAACCCCACCCUGAGCGCGUCCAAGGACAAGAAGAAGAAAGAGAAGAAGAAGAAGGAAGGGGGGAAGGAGGGGGACAGCCCCAAGGGGCCGGUGAGAGGAGGGAAGCCGGAGGAGGGGAAGAGUCCGUACUCUGAGUCGUCUGACCCGGGCAGCAGGAGUGACGGGCUUCUGAAUGGCUCGUCGGACCCACACCAGAGCAGGCUGGCCAGCAUCAAGGCAGAGGCCGACAAGAUCUACAGCUUCUCGGACAAUGCCCCCAGUCCCUCCAUCGGCGUGGCCAGCCGCAUCGAGAGCGGUGGCCUGGCCACGCCCAUCAACGUGGUCACGCAGAACGGAGCCGACAGCUCCUCCGUGAAGACCAACAGCCCCGCCUACUCUGACAUCUCGGACGCCGGCGAAGACGGCGAGGGUCGGGUGGAGGGCGUCAAGGGCAUCAAGUCUGAGGAGCACUCUGUCCGGGAUGGAGCCAAGAAGGCCCUGUUCACCUCCCAGGCCCCCAGCAAGGACUCCCCCUACUACCCCGGCUACGAUGCCUACUACUCCCCCAACUACACCAACCCCAGCCCGGGCGUGUCUGCCUCGGCACCCCUCCAGGAGGGGGCCCCGGUGAAGGUGAAGAAAGAGGAGGACCAGGAGCCGGCGGAGGAGAAGGUGAAGGUGGAGCACCAGGAGGAUCGCAAGCCUGAGCUGGGUCCUCUGGGGCAGCAGCAGACCUCUGUCAUUCAGCAGCGCUCCAACAUGUACAUGCAGCCUCUCUACUACAACCAGUACGCCUAUGUACCUCCGUACACCUACCACCCUGCAGACCAGGCCUACCACAACCAUCUGAUGAACACCAACCCGGCCUACCGGCAGCAGUAUGAGGAGCGCCACCGCCAGGCAGCCGAGCAGCACCGCAGCGCCGCCGAGAAGAAGGCGGAAGGCUCUGGGAAGGAGCGUGACGGCUCUGGGAAGGGGGAGGACUGGAAGCACAAAGCCUCGGUUCCCCCCACGCUCUCCAAAGCCCCCAGUCUCACGGACCUGGGGAAGGGGGGGCCGCCGCAGGGCAAGCCCAAGGAGCCCAGCUCCUCGUCCUCAGAGCAGGCCCAGUCGGUGAUCAUGCCCAAGGGGGAGGACGCCAAGACGCCCGGUCAGCAGGCGGAGGGGCUGAAGAUGAAGCUGAACGAAGGAGGGCAUCAUGGGAAGGAUGAGCCCAAGGCUGGCAUGGAGUCAGGGAGGCCGUCCGCUAUGGAGCAGGCCAUGUGGUACCGACAGGAGCCUGACUCUCGGCUGUGGCCCUAUGUCUACCCUAACAAGUACCCUACCGAGGCGCAGAAAGCUCAGGAGGAGGAGAGGUGGAAGGAGGAACGCGAGCGGGACCGAGAGAGGGACCGGGACCGGGAGAGGGACAGGAAGGGCAAAGAGGACCGGGCGCGGCCCAAAGACGGCACCCAUAAAGAGGAGAGCAAGGAGGGGGCGGAGCCCCGGCCCUCGGCCCCUGAGGAGCACCGGCCUCUGGGGAAGGAGCAGCGCGGCGCCACCCACAUGCAGUUCUCCUCGCCGCUGGCCCAGCACCAGUCCUACGUGCCCUACCUGCAUGGGGCCUACGCCUACAGCCAGGGCUACGACCCCGGACACCCAGGCUACCGGGGCAUGCCCUCGGUCAUGAUGCAGAACUACCCCGGGUCGUACCUGGCGGCUGGCUACUCCUUCUCCCCCUACGGCAGCAAGAUGGGUCCUGGGGAGGAGGGCGGGGAGAAGGCGGCCCGCGCCAGUCCCACCGUCAGCAAGGCCUCCUCAGAGUCCAAGGCCCUGGACAUCCUACACCAGCACGCCAGCCAGUACAAGAGCAAGUCCCCCACCGUCAGCGAGAAGACGGGCCACGAGCGUGAGCGGGGGAAUGGGGAACGAGAGAUGGACCGGCCGCGCUCUUCUCCCUCGCAGCGCAUCAUGCCGUCCCAUCACCACCUGGGCUACCCCCUGCUGCCUGGACAGUACGACCUGUCCUACGCUACAGGUCUGUCCUCGUCGGCCAUCGUGGCUAGCCAGCAGGCCUCCGCCCCCUCCAUGUACCCUCCUCCUAGGAGGUGAGGACGGGAGCCGGCCUCGUCCCUGGCCUUGCCUGGAACCAUGUGACUGGAUCACAUGAUCAAGUGUGCGGAGCUGUGAUCGUUGGACAUCAGUUGACGGUGUUUGUUUGUGUUUAGUUUCCUCUGCCUGAAUGUUCUUGCGGCGGGUUCUCCCAGCCCCCCAGUUGGCCGCUCCCUCCCCGGCCCUGCUGAGGCUCCUGGACCAGGGGGUCAGGCAGGGAGGCUGGGACUGAGGCUCCUGGACCAGGGGGUCAGGCAGGGAGGCUGGGACUGAGGCUCCUGGACCAGGGGGUCAGGCAGGGAGGCUGGGACUGAGGCUCCUGGACCAGGAGGCCAGGCAUGGAGGCUGGGACUGAGGCUCCUGGACCAGGGGGUCAGGCAGGGAAGGAGGUCAGACAGACUGGGUAGCCCUGAAACCACACACUUUUCAGAUGACCCUUUUUGUUUGGUUUUGUGUUUAGUUGUUGUUGUCUGAGCCAGACUUAGAGGAGAGAGGAGCAGGUUGUGGUGUGGCCGUCCUCCUGCCUCUCCUCUCCUCUCUGGGCUCUCUAUGCAAGCAGACGCUGCUCAUCACGUACCCACACACCGGCCGCAUCAACCUCACCCAGGAGAGGACCCUUCCACUUCCUGUUUCAUCUGUUUUUGUAUUGUUGUUGUGAGAUGUUAUUAUCCACCUACUUGAGUUCCGAGACGAUAUCCACAUUUGGGGUUUUGUACAUGGCUUUAGUUGUAGUUGUUGCUUAGCAACAGCCUUCACGCUUUCUGUUUUAUGUUGUUUAUUUUGUAUUCUUCCUCUUUUACCAACCUGGCCACGGGCCCACCCUGCUUCGACGAUGACUCUCCCUCACGCCCUCCAAUACUACACCCCCUCCUGCAGCCCCAGCCGCAGCCAGGGAACGAUGCUGCUCCUUCCCCAGUACGGGGCAGUACAGAGUAGCAGGGCUCAGCCGGGGCCUGGCUGGGUGAGGAUCUCUACCUGGAGGUACUAGGCUCAGACAGGAGGAGAAGAUUACCCAUGCGCCCUGCAACAAGCCGGGCUCUAGGACCGUGGGGGGCAGGACGCUCAGGGGUCGCCUCUGGAGUUGCUGACUGCAGAAGCGGACAGGGGGGGCGUGUGGUCGGCGGUGUGGUGAGACUCUGGGGCCCUGAGGGCCAGGGGCAGGGACAGUGUACACCCAGGACUGCAGCUGUGUGUCUGGGGCCUGCUGGGAGACACGCAGGGACAUGGGGAGGCUGUUCUGGGAGGAUUGGCCGCCUGCCGUCCCCCGAGGGAGAGACUCAGCCAUGCUUUUAUAUUUAUUCUGACUCUGCUGUCACAGAGUUUUGAUUUUUGGCAGGACAGUCUGCAGUCAAGCCUCGUUAGAUAGCCUGCCAGUGUCUGCUAUACGCUCUCCUCCCUCCUGUCUCACUCCUCCCUCCUGUCUCACUCCUCCCUCCCUCUCUCCUCUCUCCUCCUCCUCCCU